AUGCAAAUCGAAGAUGUGGAUGACGAUUGGGCAUUCUCUGACGAUGAUAAUGAUCCAGUAAUUCAAGAUGCGAUCAAUGGCGGACAGUUGGUUGAGGAGCAACCAAAGAGGCGAAAGCAGAGUCUGCAAAUAAGACUGCAACCACUAGCUAUUUCCAAAACUGUGUCCCUGAAGAAGCAAGCGACGAUAAACAAUACUACAACUUCCUUGUCUACACUGCCAACAUCUAAGCGUAAGGUACAGCAUGCCUUACCCCUUGCUCCAAAGAUUGUUAUCCCUACCCACCACGAAAUGGACUUUGGGAAUUUGCAAACUUAUAUAUACCCCACCAACUUUGAAGUUCGCGAUUACCAGUAUAACAUAGUCCGUAAAGCAUUUUACGACAAUUUGUUGGUGGCUUUACCCACUGGUCUAGGCAAAACGUUCAUUGCGUCGACUGUUAUGUUGAAUUUUUUACGAUGGUUCCCCAGCUCCAAGAUAAUAUUUAUGGCUCCUACAAAGCCCUUAGUUGCACAGCAAAUCAAAGCUUGCUGUUCAAUAACUGGUAUAUCAAGCUCCAAGGUUGCGAUUCUAUUGGAAAAGACUAAAAAGAAUCGUGAAGAUAUAUGGAACACGCGUCAGGUGUUUUUCACCACGCCACAAGUGGUUGAAAAUGAUUUGGCUUCGGGGGUGGUGAACCCAAAGUCGAUUGUGCUUUUGGUUAUUGAUGAGGCACAUAGAGCACGUGGUAAUUAUUCCUACAACAAUGUGGUUAAUUUUCUCCGUCGAUUUAAUGACUCAUUUCGAACUUUAGCAUUGACGGCAACACCAGCAGCAGAUGUCGAGGGAGUACAGGAUGUGAUUGAUAAUUUGAAAAUAUCCAAAGUGGAAGUAAGGACUGAACAGAGUAUCGAUAUCGUAAAGUAUAUGAAACGAAAGAAGAUCAGUCGACGAACUUUGGAUACGUCUCAAGAAAUUCGGAAUUGUGUGGACUUGCUAUCUAGGGCAAUCGCCCCCAUUUUAAAAACUGCCAACGAAAAAGGCUUGGUUGAUGUUACUGAUCCAACGAGAAUCAAUGCUUUUAAGUGUAUGGAAGCUUCACGACGGUUAAUGGCAAAUCACUCAAUACCAGAAGGACUUAAAUGGACCAACUAUUUUAUUUUGCAACUACUUGGAACCGUUGGUCAAUGCUACCGAAGGCUAAAUAUAUACGGGGUUAAUUCUUUUUACAGCUACUUUAUGAACAAGUUUCAAGAGUUUGAUACAAAGUGGAAGAAGAAGAAAUCGAAAAACAAAUUGAAUGCUGAUUUUUAUUACAGCGAAUUCAUCACACAGUUGAUACAAGCGCAAGAAGAUGCGAUUUCGAGUCAGGCGUUUAGUCAUCCAAAGAUUGAAGCACUAAUGGAGGAGCUUGAAGACUUUUUCAAAGAGAAAAGUAGCGAUGCAAGUUCAAGGGUUAUCAUUUUUACCGAAUUUCGAGAGUCAGCGUUAGAAAUAGUGAAAAGUAUAGAGAAAGCUGGUAACUCUUUCAAACCACACAUUUUCAUUGGGCAGGCCAAGGAGAAGGAAAAAUUUGACGUUGAAAAUUUUGGCAAGAAAAAGGGAGCAAAGAAUAAGAAGCCAAAAAAGGAAGGGGAUGAGAGAGAUUCACUGCGUACAAGUUCGGAAAAUGCUCAAAUUGGCGGGAUGAAUCAAAAGCUACAAAAGGAAAUCAUCAAAAAGUUCAAGGCGGGGGAAUACAACAUUCUCGUUGCAACAUCGAUUGGUGAAGAAGGUUUGGAUAUUGGUGAAGUUGACUUGAUUGUAUGUUAUGACUCAACUUCCUCGCCCAUCAAGAACAUUCAACGAAUGGGUAGAACCGGUCGUAAACGGGAUGGUAAAGUUCUCUUGUUGUUUUCGAGUAAUGAAGAAUCGAAAUUUGAUAAGGCAAUGGCAGGAUACGAAUAUAUCCAAGAUCAUAUAAUGAAGGGUGAUCUCAUAACGUUGUGUCCGCAAAACAGAAUCAUACCCGAUCAGUACACUCCACAAGUAGUUGAAAAGUUUAUCGAGAUCCCAGAAGAGAACAUGGAAAUGAAACAGGAAGAGGAUGAAGAUGAGAUAAUAAAAAUAGCAACUCAGUAUAUGACGGGAAACACUUCCAAAAAGAAAGCUGCUUUUGUUAAGAAACAGCAAAAGCAUGCAAAGAAGUUUUUCAUGCCCGAUAAUGUUGAGACUGGAUUUAAGAAUGUUUCAGAAAUGUUGAAAGAUUCAAGUGAUCAAACAAUGUCCGUACGUGUUCCCCUUGGUCGUGGUGGAAGCUCUUUGGAGCUUCUUAAAUCCGACAGUGAUGAUGAUAUAGAGGUUGCUUUGGGUUUGAAAAGUAAAACCACUAAACGAAACUGUUUGGAGCUAUACCAGUCGGCGGAGUCAGAUAAUAAGGUGGAUAUCACCAUGGAGAAACAACCCGGAAGUUGCGAUGACGGAGACGUGGUCGAGGGGAAUUAUGUGAGACACAAUGACGGGGUCGACUCAGACAUAGAGAUCACAAUGGAGCGAUCUUUGGAAAAUGACGAUCAUCCAACCACGGUGGAAAGUAACAUGGUGUUGCCAAAUGGCGCGAAAACACACAUAGAUAACCACACCCCCUCGACAAGCUUCAACUCGGAGACUGGUGACGAUUGGAAACGGAGUGUUUCAGAUCCCGGCGUGGUCAAAGAAUUGGAUAUUGUCGAUGACGACUCUUUUACUUUUAGUGAUGAAGAUGAUGACGCUGUUGCAGCACUUGCUUCAGUAGCAAAACUGAAUGGUGUACAACAAAAUAAUCCACUCGUGUCUGAGAACAUACCAAAGACACUAGGUUUGCAGAAGCAGCCACAUGUGUUGAACUGUGACCACUUACCCAAGAAACGGAUGUUGAUUUGUGAAGAGGAGUUGGAGUCAUCUGAAGAAUUCAGUAGCACAUCGACACAGAAGCGGAAAUCUUUAGGUGUCAGGCGACCUAGAGUGGUAGAGUCAGUGACUGGUAAAACAGUACUGCAAACAAAUGCUAUCACCAAGUUUGAUAAGCCUAAUAGUACCGAAUCUACAACUACUAUGCCAGUAACAAAAAUACCAGUAGUAGCUACCCUGGAGUCAACCACCAACUCAACUCAGGUUUGUGAUGAGGAAUAUCUGUUGGACGAUGAUUUAGACGAUGUUAUUGCUCAUUACACUGGUAUUGUUAAACAAUAA